AUGCUGCUGUCCAUCCCAGGGAAAGUACUGACAAAAAAGAAGGCAUUGGACAAGACACUCCGAGAAGAACAGGCAAGCUUUCGUCAAGACAGAUCAUGCAUAGACCACAUCGUCACAUUGCGCAUCAUCAUCGAACAGUCCCUAGAAUGGCAGACCCCCGUGUACUCAGUCUUCGUCGACUUUCAGAAAGCUUUUGAUGGUGUCUGGAGACUUAUACAGCACUAUGGCUUUCCGUCAAAGUUUGUCACCAUCAUCCAACUACUGUAUGAAGAUGCCACCAGUCAAGUUAUCCAUGACGGGAAGCUAACGGAACCAUUCCCAGUGCAAAUUGGUGUUCGUCAGGGACGCCUUAUGUCACCGACGAUCUCCCUGCUAGUGGUCGACUGGAUAAAGCGACAGGUCACGUCAGGCAGGAGAACUAGUUUACAGUGGACCUUCAUGAAGCAGCUGAAAGACAUCAGAUUUCUCUCCCACAACAAGAUGCGUAGAAUCUGA